CUUUUAUUUACUUUACAUAAUACUGAUUAAAUGUGUUCGUAACGCGUCAUAAUUUCUUUUAACGAAAUUAUAGGGUGAUUCAGCGUGGAAGGAAUACCUUAGCUAUAUCGUCAAGAAACGUUCUUACCACAAACAAAAGCGUAAAAACGCACUUGUUCAGCUUUCUAUGCAUGUGCAAUAUUCAUUUCUAACAGGAUAAUAACAUAGGGAAUAUAUAGGGGUAUAUUUGCGCUUGCAUCAGUUGAAACUGUUCUUUUCUUACCUAUUUAUUCUAUUUUCUUCGCUUUCUUCCAAUAGUUUAUUUUUUUAUUUUGUUUUAUUUCUAUUUUUCUUUUUGAGAUUUUUGACAUCGCCCGGUGAAUUCAAUAUAGUACACAUAGUCCCUCCUUCUAUUUCUUGCUUCUUUAUUGAAUACUCAUAUAUAGAUAUACAUAUAUAUCAUGAAGAUGAUGCUUCUUUCUAUCGUACUCCUUUCUUUCGCUUCACUCGUUCUUGCUUCUCAGCCUCAGCAAAACUUUUUGCAAUUGCAUUCUAUCAAUUAUGCCAUCCCUCUCCAAUGGAAAUGGCUUGGUAGUGUAAACACCGAUCGAAAUUCCGUUUAUUUGACGGAUAAGAGUUCCAAUAGUGGCGCUGACCGGUAUGGUGCCCUUUGGGCUAAUACUCCUCUUUCGGAUGUUAGCUGGCGAAUGCAAACAUCCUAUGUCGCGCAAGCCAGUGAGCAAGAAGCAGUAAAAUUUGGAACUUGGUACACUAGUACACCUAGUUCAGAGGGCCCUAUAUAUGGAUCUUCUGAUGGAUGGGACGGCCUUUUAAUUUCACAAGAACUAGAUCCGACCGGGAAACUCAUUAUUCGUGCUGUUUUGAAUGAUAAAUCGAUUUCUAUGGCUCAAUUCUCUGAUCCAGAUCUGCUAGCUUUUGCUAAAUGCACCUUUGAGGGAAUGUCUAAUAAGCUGAUUCUAGCCGAUUUGGCUUAUAGUGAGCAAGAUGGUCUUUCCUUGACUGUAAACCAACAGACAUGUUUCUCCACGAAGGAAGUUUUGUUGCCUAAAGGCUAUUACCUUGGCGUCUCCUCGGCAACUUCCUCUAUGAAAGAAAGCAUUGCCUUGUCCAACAUUAAUGUAUUGGAUUCUGGUCACUUUAUCACUAAUCAACCCCUUCCCCAACCUGAACAACAAGAGGAACGCCAAGAAGCACCUGUCGUCCAAAUGCAUUCCGGAUCCAAUGGCGAUGGAGAAUCACAAACUGUUCUUGCCUUACAAGCUGAAGUUCAAAAGUUGUCUUCUGAUGUGAGCUCUUUAACCCAACGCUUGAGUAGUCUCCAUGUCACGACAUCCAACAUGUUGGAUCGUGUAAACAGUCUUUCAAGCAAUCAAGUGUCUAGCGAAAGGUUUCAGGAACUUGAAGAUUAUAUUAAACAUACGUUAUCUUCCCACUCUUCUAAAUCAGAAAUCGUCUCUAACCGUCUGACUAAAUUUGAACAGGACCUUGAAAAAUAUAUCACGAAGUCUACUUCACAUGUUAAUUUCACCAACGUCCUCAUCGUUCUCAUUCUUGGUGUUAUUGUCUCGUAUGGAGUUGUAAUUGCUCGCCGCGAACGACGUCGUCACAAGUACCUUUAGAUUCGUGGAACAAAGCAAACAUGUAUAUAUGAAUAAAUCUUACGGUACCUUUCCUUUCUUUAAAUCAUAACUUUUCACUAUGUCGGUUGGUAAAACCUUAUUAAACGAUCAUACAUUCAUUACCUGUUAUUUACAAGCACCCUUCUCCACUACACACGUUUGUUACUGCC